CAAUCACGCGCACCACUACCAAAACAUAAUACAGUGCAACCUCGGUAUAACAAAUCGGAGGGAACAAGAAAAUAUUCGUAAUAUCAAGAAAUUCGUUGAACUGAGGUUUGUUAUGUUGAGGUAAGAUUGGUCUAAAAUUCGUUAUAAAGAGGUAAAAGACCCACAUUCCUCUACGUCUUUAAACUCGCAUGAUUUUAAUCUUGUACUGUUUACAUUCAAACCACUUUCUUCUGAAAACUUAUCUUUAAAUUUUAAAAUUGUAGCCAAUGUACUUGCGGGAAUCCCGAACUUAUUAGCUAUGUCUAUUUUUUUCGUCAUGGGAUUUUGGUCAACAUAAUUAAUGAUGUUUCGCUUUUCUGCGACCGAUAACGAACACCUUUUACGUUUCUGAGCCAUUUUAACUUAAAUCUUUAACAAUAGUGACGAACAGAGGUGUUUACAUUACUUUCCAUCAAAACAACAAUGAUUACUGUACAAACAAUAGCGUGUCGAAACAUGUCGAGUCAUGAAUCACAUUAUAAGAUUAAGAGUUAUAUUUUUGGUGGAAACUUUAUAUAAAGGUUUUGGGUUGGCAAAAUUCGUUAAUUAGAGGGUUUAACUUACAACUAUGAAGGAAAACCAGGCCCAGUAUUUCGUAUCGAGAGUAUAACAUUUAGACAUUGGUAAGUUCUGGUGACUAAUUGUGAGUAAAUUGUUUCUGAAUUGCGAUGAUAUCAUUCCUAAAUAUAAAAAGUGCAGGCGGCAUAAAGUAUUUGCAUUGUUGGCGAGUGUUUAACGAAGACCAGACGUCCCUGUUAAACUCUUUUUUAUUUUUCUGUACUACUAAUUUUGACUGACUUAAUUGUGUUUUCUUCAUCUGACAAUAUGAGUGAAAAAGUUGUGACUUCGGCUAUCGCGCAAUUCUCGGCAAGGUUUUGCAAUGAACUUGACAAAAGUACAAGUGUGGUUUCCUCUCCAUUGUCAGCUGAAUUUGUGUUAGCUCUUCUUGCUUUGGGCACAACAGAUCCUGCCCAUGAAGAAUUGUUAACAUCCCUUGGAAUUACCAAUGAUGAUGCUGUACGUUCCUCAUUUUCAGCAGUAUCAUCAAAUUUGAGAUCGGUCAAAGGUGUGACAUUAAAUGUAGCUAAUAAAGUGUACUUAAUGGAUGGAAAUUAUGAUCUAAAUGAACAACUAAAAGAAGAUGCGGUUAAAGUGUUUGAUGUCUCCUUUGAAAAGGUUGACUUCAGUAAUGGUGCUGCUGCUGCGAAACUCAUCAAUAAAUGGGUUAAAAGCAAAACAAAUGAGAAAAUAAAAGGUCUUAUUUCAAGUAAAAGCUUGAACAGUGACAGCCGACUUGUGCUGGUUAAUGCUCUGUAUUUUAAGGGUACAUGGAAGAAACAGUUUGAUCCCGCAGAUACAUUGGACCGACCAUUCCAUGUAGACAAGAAGAAAACUGUGAUGGUGCCUAUGAUGUACUUGGAAGAUGUCUUAAUAUAUGGAGAGAGCCAAAAAUUAGGAGCACAGUUAUUGAGAAUGCAUUACGUAGGUGAGAACGCGAGCAUGUUGAUCGUAUUGCCGAACGAGAUAAACGGACUGGACGGUGUGCUGAAGAAACUUGCCGACGGCUACGACUUGAUGGCCGAAGUUGAUAAUAUGUUCAACACUAAAGUGCAAGUCACAAUACCCAAGUUCAAAAUCGAAACUGAAAUCGAUCUGUGCGAUUUACUGCCAAAGCUUGGAAUUAAAGCCAUCUUCGACAGAAACAAUUCAGGACUUACUAAAGUGUUGAAUACAGAUGAAAAGUUAUACGUAUCAAAAGCAGUGCAGAAAGCUUUCAUAGAGGUGAAUGAAGAGGGCGCUGAAGCUGCAGCUGCAACUGAAAUGAUGUGCAUGCCUUUGUCUGCUUUCUUCAUGGAGCCCCCUGUACCGCGCUUCGACGCCGACAGGCCCUUCCUAACUGUCAUACUUGUCGAUGACACUCCCUACUUUAUGGCAACGCAACGCGCACCGCGUUCAAAUCACGCUACCUUACCGAUUAGACGUGCUCCGUGGACGUCCCGAAGAUCCGCCCGAAUGCGCGCCCGUCGGAAUGACCCGCACUGGCAGUGAGCCGCGAGACAUAAAACGAGUAACGCGCGUGUGCGAAUACUGUCGGAACGCCGCUGAGGCCUAACUAGUUUUAAUGUAUAUCUGGAAUCUCCUUUUUUUUGUUUAGAAUUAUAUAUCAAUAAACAAUCGUGCUUUCAAAAUAACUGAUGACGUUUUAUUCUUACUAUAAUUUUGUUAUAUCAAUAUCUAAGCAGAUUUUUAUUAACUAUUCAUCGAAACCAGAAAGUGUACUUAUAGUAAGA